AUGGUGCUCCGCAAACAGCCCCCACCUCGCCUUGAGAAUCUUAACAAAGGGAAUGCUCGCCCGGCCACGCGUUCCCCAACCUCACCGUCCUCCGCCUCAUCUAACCGUCGGCGCUUAAACCGAAUUCCCUCCCAAGAAUCCAUCUACUCUCCCGACCUCAACACAUCUCCAGCUUUCGACCUAAUGCCGUUGGAAGAAGCUCAGAGAUCUCCGGUAGGCUCGCCUACAACUCAUCCACCGAAUUCCUGGCCAGGAAACAGAGACGAUCGAACAAUCCAUAAUAGAUCCAACUCAGAAACAUAUCCGGGAGGUCCAAUUCAAAAGAUAGAACGAAUACCAGUGACUCUCGUAUCGGGUUCAUCACAAAUGGCGGACACCAAUCAACAAUCUAUGCCAGAGAGCAUUGAGGUAACGGCUGGGGAGAUACCGGUACAACUACGAUCGAACAAUCCAUUUUUGAAACCAAGACCCCCAGUACCAUCAAAAGACACGGGGGACGUACAUGAUUGGAAUCGCCAUUCAAAUGCGACGACCAUUAGUGAUCCCUUGAGCCAAACGGAUGGGUAUAUCCCCAUGACAGCCAGACUAUCCCUGUUAGACGCAGAAGAGCAGGAGUCACCAUGGCCAGACCACGAAAUAUCUCAUCCAGAAGGUCACCGGGCAGUGACGAGCGAUCUGCCUCAUGCUCAAUCGCCACGGGGAUCCCAGCAUUCAAUUGAGAUCUCAGCCGCCAAGGAGAUUUAUUUCCAAGGACGAAAGAGUAAUACACACACUCCAAUGGUAGUUGUGCAACCUUCUGAUUCAACGAACAAUUACUUCCACCUUCAACCACCCUACUCGCAUGGUAGAUUGGGCUCCGACGCGAGCGCUCACUCUCCUUCUGCCUUUUCUAGUGCAACCUCAGCAACUUCCCACGAACUGAUCGACAUUGAUCCUCACGAAAACCUUGAAGUGGAAAAUGAGUCCCAGAGGGCGGCGUCGCCAAUCCACUUUGACUCAAAGUUGGAACCCGCAAUGCUAGACAUGCCAGCAGCACCAGCAAUUCCGUCAACCCCACAACAGGCCCAGGAUGACACGCCAGCUCAGGCAUUACAAAUCCCGAGCGUCAAGCUUACUCCUGCGGAGGAAGCAAUGCAACAAGAGCAGCGCUCAGAGACGUACUCCAUUCGACAAAUUGAUUGGAUGGACCGGACAGGGAAUAUGCAGCAGUCUCCUAUCCUAGUCCAAAACAAUAAUGGGCCUUGUCCACUACUUGCGCUUAUAAAUGCAUUGGUAUUACGAGCAGCUCCAUCGACCCAGACGCCGAUUGUGAAGGCCUUGCGCACCCGUGAACAAAUUUCGCUGGGGCUAUUGAUUGAGGCGCUAUUUGAAGAGUUGAUUACCCGCCUAGGCCCCGAUGACGAAUUUCCAGACAUCGAGGCGCUCUCUCGAUUUCUUACAAUGCUGCAUACAGGUCUGAACGUCAACCCUCGCCUGAUACUGGACACAGCUGAUUCGCUUGGCACAUUUUUACAAACCCCCGACCUUCAGCUCUACAGUACAUUCGGUGUUCCUCUGAUUCAUGGUUGGCUUGCAUCGUGGUCAAGCCCAGCUCAUGCGGCCAUGACAAGGGUCGCACAAUAUCAUGAAGACAUUCAAUUGUUGCAUUUCCGCAAGGAAGAACUCGAAGACUGGGUGAUGAGAGGAGAAUCACUGUCUCCUGAGGAAGAACAAAAAAUGAGUGACAUACAAGCCAUUCAAUAUUUUGUGGACAUUGAGAAUGCGACACAGCUCAGCCCAUUUGGGUUGACACAAUUGAGUACACGGCUGGCUCCAGGCUCAGUAUCCAUCUUCUUCCGCAAUGACCAUUUCUCUACACUCUACAAACAUCCUGAAUCCCACCAGCUUUUCAUGCUGGUAACUGAUGCCGGCUAUGCAAACCAUGCCGAAGUGGUAUGGGAAUCUCUUGUUGAUGUGACCGGGUUCAACUCCGAGUUUCUCGCUGGUGACUUCCGUGCUGUCGGCCAGGGCCCUUCGGGAUCUGCAGGCCCAGCUGAUCUCCGUACAUCAAGUGCUCCACCGGCUACUGACCUUGCCUCAGCGACUGAGUCUACCGGCAGAUUUUCACCACAGGAACAAGCUGAUGCAGACUAUGCAUACGCCCUUUCGCUUCAGUUCCAAGAGGAGGAACAGCGCGAGAGAAGAAACAGCCAACAAAGGAGCAGCAGUCAGCAAGGGAGCAACGACCAGCAAAACAACCAGCAAGGAAACAACCCCCGCAACUCAGGGCCUAUUCGCUCUCCUAAUUCGUCGAACAUUCGGAUGAACAACCCACCAAAUAGAACAUCCAGUAUGGCAAAUCCCGUGGGUAUUCGACCGGCACGGCAACCACAGCCACAGCCACAUAGCGACCCAGACCCUGAUGAUCCCAAUGCGCCACCACCUCCUUACGAAGCCGCGAACCGGCCACAGUACUCGCAGCCUGCGAGGAGGCCUCCUUUUACGGAAUUCCCAAGCGAAUAUUCUUCAAACCAAUAUCCCGGGAAUCGAAACCAACGGAAUAGUCGUUAUUCCAGCUAUGGGAACCGACCAGACUCUGAACGAUACAAUCCCAAUCAGAGGAAUAAAGAUUGCAUCAUGAUGUGA